CAACCUCAAGCUCAUCCGGUGACGAUGUGAGACUACCGUUGAUGGUCUGUGUUUGCUAAAAGCAAAGAGUUUUUAGGAACGUCCGGUUGAACUAUCUCUUCUUUAAUUCUUAUAUAAACGGUUUCAAGGAAUUCGUAUUCCUAUCUUCACAUUACAAGCCACGAUUACCCCACGUACCCCGCCUCCAAGAUUCCAAUAUGGCAAUGAAUUCUAGGACUGCCUCAUCAGCAUUGAGGGUUUUACGACCAAUUGCUCCUCGUUCUGCUCUACUCCCUGCAUAUCGAAACUAUUCCUCUGCCUCCGAACCAGAUCUCAAGACCACAUUCAAGGAAGCAAUUCCAGCUAAGCGUGAAUUGUUGAAGAAGGUCAAGGCUCUAGGAGGAAAAGUCAUUGGAGAUGUCAAAGUCGAGAACACAAUUGGUGGCAUGAGAGGACUGAAAGCUAUGGUGUGGGAAGGAUCCGUCCUCGAUGCCAAUGAGGGCAUUCGAUUCCAUGGACGAACGAUAAAAGAGUGCCAAAAAGAGCUGCCAAAAGGUACUUCUGGCACAGAAAUGUUGCCAGAAGCCAUGUUCUGGCUACUCUUGACCGGCCAAGUUCCUUCCACGAAUCAAGUCCGAAAGUUCUCUCGUGAACUUGCAGAACAAUCAGAACUGCCAGACUUUGUCAACAAGAUGCUAGACAACUUCCCAAAAGAUCUCCAUCCAAUGACACAAUUCGCAAUUGCUGUGUCAGCUCUGUCACACACAUCUAAAUUCGCAAAGGCGUAUGAAAAGGGUAUCAAUAAGGCUGACUAUUGGGAGCCGACCUUCGAUGAUAGCAUCUCACUCUUGGCAAAGCUCCCAGUCAUCGCUGCAAAGAUCUACCAAAACUCGUAUCAAGGCGGUGGAGCUCUCCCGGCCAAAGUUGACCUUGAGCAAGAUUGGUCCUACAAUUUUGCAGCUAUGCUCGGGAAAGGAGGAAAGGAAAAUGAGAACUUCCAGGAUUUGCUGCGAUUAUACUUGGCAUUACAUGGCGACCAUGAAGGAGGCAAUGUUUCAGCACAUGCGACUCAUUUGGUUGGUAGCGCUUUGAGCGAUCCAUUUUUAAGUUACAGUGCUGGUCUCCAGGGUUUGGCUGGACCUUUGCAUGGGCUCGCCGCCCAGGAGGUUUUGAGAUGGAUUCUGCAAAUGCAAGAGCACGUUGGAACCAGCUUCAGUGACAAAGAUGUCUCUGAUUACCUAUGGUCCACACUCAAAUCAGGCCGAGUCGUACCCGGCUAUGGUCACGCUGUUCUCCGUAAACCCGAUCCUCGAUUCGAAGCCUUGAUGGACUAUGCUUCAUCACGACCAGAAAUCGCCAAGGAUCCAGUAUUUCAACUUGUCAAGAAGAAUUCCGAGAUUGCUCCUGACGUGUUGAAAGAGCACGGUAAAACGAAGAAUCCGUACCCGAAUGUUGAUUCUAGCUCUGGCGUCCUCUUCCAUCACUAUGGCUUCCACGAGACUUUGUACUAUACUGCUACCUUUGGAGUCAGUCGAGGUCUUGGACCCCUUGCCCAACUGAUUUGGGACAGAGCACUUGGCCUUCCAAUUGAGAGACCAAAGAGUAUUAAUCUGGAGGGAUUGGUCAAACUCGCUGAGAGCGCAUGAAUUUGGGAAAAUGCGUAAGGUUUGGAGUACUUUAGAUCGACUUUUGGCGUCACGCUUCUAUAUUGCAUGUCAUCAUGUGACUCAAAGAGUUCACUCAUCUCCCUGCAGUUGAAUC